UCUCAAAUGAAUGUGUGCUUGCUUAUAGAUUGUGAUUAGGGACAUGUAAUUGUGAAACUUAUGUAUGAUUUAAUUAAUUAUUAAGGAUUUGCAUAGGUUAACACGAAUAGAGCCUGAUGUAUCAAUUGAUGUGUUUUGUAAAAGUGAUGUGGUACGAAGAACCGAAUUAUUUCACCUGUAGUCUUACGUAAAAUAUCCAGGGUCAAUUGGAAAAUGUGUAAUAGCCUAUAAAUAAGAGAUAGCAGCCCCCAACCCAUCUCACCUCUCCUAUUUCCUGUUUUUCCAUUAUUCCAUUAUUCAGUUAGGUUUUCUUCCACCUCUAGUCUUCUUGAGUGGGACUGUGGGAGAGGUCCACAAUUUGAGAAGAAUUGUGUAUGAACUCGUUUUUACAGCGGGAAUGGAGGCCCUAACCUCCUCGUGUCCUCCGGAAUUUGAUUUGUGAGAUGCUUUUGUGAAUCACAUUUGUGUUCUUCGCAUUCUUGCUUUUGUGAAUCGCAUUCGUGUAGCACACAACACGGUACUGUAGCAUGCAGUCCGACAAUUCACCACCUCCAGUUUUGUGCAGUUUGAUCCGUUUCUUUGAGAGUUUAUUUCUAUCGGUGCUCGAGUACUUUUGGGUGUGCCUUAAGACUUCACGCGUGGUAUCUUGCUACUAGUUAGCACGUAUAUCUCAUGUCUUUGGUGAGUGUUUGUUUUAGGUUGUUUGUGAGCCAAGGACUAAAAGUUUCGAAAUAAAUUUGAGGCACCAUUCACCCCCUCUCGCUGUUUCUGGUCCUUCAAUUUAAUUAUCAAUUAUUAAGGAUUUGCAUAGGUUAACACGAAUAGAGCUUGAUAUAUCAAUUGAUGUGUUUUGUAAAAGUGAAGUGGUAUGAAGAACCAAAUUGUUUCACUCGCCAAAUUAGAAGCAUGGCCAAAUUAUCACUUUGGAAUGUGUUUCUCGACGGUUUAAUCAUGGCUUGGGUGACCUGCUGCUGCUUGAGCUUGUCAACACAAUGCUGCCAAAGUGUUUGUGCUUUUUCUAUAAAAAAAGUGUUUGUGCUUUGUGAGGGUUCAUUCAGUUGUUCUCUUAACUCUAUCUACUAAUGGUGCCUCAUUCAUCCAAUGAUUUGAAUUAUCUCAGUGCUACUGAAAAUUAAGAAUUUCUCAAAUAACAAAAACUUAAGUUGUUCAAUUCAUACAUGACAAGACUGGGAUCAAUGUGGAACUUUGUCUGGCAAUCUCAUAUUUGUGUAGGUAACCAUUUUUUUUGAGAGGGUGUAGUUAACCAUUUUAAUUUAACCAAUUCUAAUUCUAAAUAUUGCAGUUGGAUGUUACAUAUUGUUAGGUUCUAAUUAAUAGUGUGCUCUGAAUAAGAUCCUUUAGUCUAGUUCUGAAAAUAUUACUGUUGGCCUUGCAAGAUUUGGAAGGCCAGUUCACACCUGGACGGUGAAGCAAGCAAGAUGCUGUAGUCCUCUGCGGCAACGAUGUAGCCGCGUGCCUGCCGGCCAUGAUAUAGUCGCGGCUCGCAGGCACGUCCCUUGCUACCUUCAGUCCAGCGAUGGUGACCCGUGACCGCAGCCCGCAGGUGCGUCUCACAAAAUCGAGUGGUCUCUGCAGCAGCGGUUGCGGGAUGGUGACUCCACGGCCAUUGCAGUGCACAUGUACACGAUCCCGGUGGCUGCGUGCACAGAGGAGGGACUCACGUGCGUGGCCCUUGCUUAGGCCCUGACACGGGGUUGAGAUGGCAGGCGGUGUGCAGAUUUGCCCAAAUUUUACAGGCAAAGGAAAGGAGAGGGGAAAUCAAAGAAUGGAACAAGGAAACGAAUCAUGCGUCCCAAGAUUAUGGAUCUAUUGAUCGCGUGAUUUAAACUGGAAAAUAGGGAGCGUCGGCAGUCGGGGAUCCUGUACGGAACGGGGCCGCCGGGCGCAUCCGUGGGGAGCGACGGCUCUUAUUUCCUUUUGCGCGACGGAGGCGGAGAUGGAAACUUUGAGUGAAUUUUGGGCGGUUUGUUUGUUCCAUCCAUGAUCCACGGAUACGUCCGUGAUAGCUGGGAUGGGAAAAAAAAAAAGGGAAACACGGAGGAACUGACCAGGCAGUCAACGGAAUAUGGAAGGCUACGAGGUGUGUAGCCCCUCCUCUAGCGCCUAGCCGUGUUCCACCCCCGCCGCCGUGUUGCGUUUGAUCCGCCAUGGCACGCGGCGCCUUCUAUAUAUACGCCGCCUCGCCCUGUGCCUGCGAACAACUAGCACGGCGAGAGAAAGGGAAGGGAAGGGAAGCAAGCCUCAGCGACAACGCUCGCAAUGGGCCGCCGCAAGGUUUCCAUGGGGCUCAUCCCGAACCGCCGCGUGCGGGCCUCCACGUUCGGCAAGCGGAAGGAGGGGCUCAAGAAGAAGGCGAACGAGCUCUCCGUGCUCUGCGGCGUCGAGGUCGCGCUCGUCGUCGCCCCGGCAGACGGCGAAGGCGGCGCGGGGGCGGCCACGGCCAAGGCGGAGGCGGACGUGUGGGAGUCCAAGGAGGGCGUGCUGGCGCGGUACCGGGAGCUCGACCCGGAGGCGCGCGCGCGGCACACGUUCCGGGACUACCUCUUCGCCGAGCUGGGCAAGGAGGAGGCCAAGCUCGCCCGCGUGCGCCAGGCCGGGCCCGACGGCCUCGACUGCUGGGACAAGGCGCUGGACGGCGUCGACACCGUGGAGGAGGCGCAGAAGCUGCUCGACGCCAUCGACGCUGCCAUACAGGCCGCCGACGACAGGCGGAGGGCGCUGGGCAUGCCGGUCGACGACGACGAGGACGGCGGCGGCGGGAUCGUGCUCGAGGGGAUCGCUCCCAUCAACUCUGCGCACGUCAACGACAACGAUGGCUACCUGCUGCACGCGCUCGGCGGCAACGGCGGCGCUAACGACGAGGCCAUGGACAUGUGGGGCAACAACGGCUUCCACCAGUGCAGCGCCGCCAACAUGCAGUUUGGCUUCCAGCAAUUCAACAGCAGCAACGUCGUCGCCAUGGAGGGCUACGACCUGCAGAUGGUGCCGGACAUGUACAACAAUGGCGGCCUCGCCACGGACGCCUACCAGUACCAGACGUGCCAUGGCGGCACAAUGCAGCACGGCUACGUCUUCCCGUGCGCACGCGCCAGCGCCAGCUACUUCAGCAUGCCUUCUGGCUACCAGAUGCAGCAGGUGGUCGGCAGUGGCGCUUCCCAGCCCAAUCUGGCCAUGUCGAGCGCCGACGAGCCAUGCCACACCAUGGUGCCAGUGCCAGUGCUGGAGUACCCCUCAGCCGACACUAGCCUCAACUACAUGGACACGCAGGCGACACAGGGUGUCCACGACAGCAGCAGUGGCACGUCCUUCGCAAUGGACGCCAGAGGCAACUUCAUCAACGCACCACCAGCGUUCUCCGUCGCCAUGAGCACCGGUGGUGGCGGAGGCAACUUCAUCAGCGCGCCGCCAGCAGCACCCUUCCAUUCCAUGGGCGGCACCAGCGAUAACUUCACGCCAGCCCAGCCCCUCGCGAUGAGCUACGGUGGCGACAUGACAACUGACAUGACAACUGCUGGCAGGUACGCGACGCAGUCCGGCAUGGAGCAGCUGCAUUACCUUGGUGACCUGGAGGACACGCAGCCGAUCCUAUGGGGAAACUAACCUUGCUUGCAAUCAGAUCUACGCUCUAGUAAAGUACUAAUAGUGUCUAGCGUCAUAGUAGGGUCAGUGUCUAGCGUUGUAGUAGUGUCAGAUGCGCGACAUCACGAGUCCGGUAAUUUUGGUCUGGCCGCCAGGUUGUGCUGAUGUCGUCGCCGCCACCGCCGCCCAUUGUCCCGAGCGAUUUUCCCGGCCAGUGAGCAAGGGACAAGGUCUAGGCAUAUAUAUAGGCAGGUUGUCCAUGGUCACCAGGUGAAGACCCGGAGACUUCGUCAGUUUCUGCCCAGCUAGGUAACAAUCCGGCAAAACUCUGUCAGUUUUGUACCUUCGCUUGGUUGAUUUUAGGAUUCAGGAGUUUUGUUAGCCUGUAAAGUUGCAGGAGCUUUGUUAGCCUGGAGUGUUGCAGCAAUUUUGUACCCUAGUUCCUGGAGAUUAUCCUGGCAAUCAUGUAAAUGUGACAUACAAAUAUAAGUAUACAAUCAUGCAUCUCUCUCUUCCCCA